GUCCCCACAACACUGCUGGUUUCUCUUCUUGAUACACGCAGAUUUGCCCGCCUCCUCAGUCAAGAGAAGCAUCCCUUCAGAAACAGGGAAACAUGACACUUUUAAAAGACAGCCAAAUGGUGUGAAAAUAAAACUGGAGUAUUCACAUUUGCACCAAUCUCCUGUAAGAUUCAAAGGGACAAAUGAGAGGCAGUGACCUUUCACAAAAGCCAAAGUCCCAUGCAUUUGAAUGUGAAGACUUCUGACGACAGUUAAAUCCCAUUGACUGCUUUAAGAGAUCACCAGGACCUUGAUCCCAACUCCUAGCAGUAAUAGUUUGUGUAAAAAAUUUGAUCUACAGCCACUCUGUAAAUGCAUGGAUGAAUUGAUCAGAACGUCGAAAAACCAAGGAAACCCAAGAGGAAAGAAUCCUAAUAAAGAGAAUUAAAAUUAAAAACUUACAAGGCAAGGUUCCUUUUCCUGUGGACAGCCUAAGAAGUAAUGUGAUUGCCACUGUAAGAGAAAAAUGACCAUGAACAGCACAUGUGUUGAAGAACAACAUGACCUGGACCACUACCUGUUCCCAGUGGUCUACAUAAUCGUGUUUAUCAUCAGCGUUCCAGCCAACAUCGGAUCUUUAUGCGUAUCCUUUCUGCAAGCGAAGAAGGAAAAUGAACUGGGAAUCUACCUCUUCAGUCUGUCACUGUCGGACCUGCUCUAUGCGCUGACUCUGCCUCUCUGGAUCAAUUACACUUGGAAUAAAGACAACUGGACUUUCUCUCCCGCCUUGUGCAAAGGAAGCGUUUUCUUCACCUACAUGAACUUUUACAGCAGCACAGCCUUCCUCACUUGCAUUGCCCUGGACCGCUAUUUAGCAGUUGUCUACCCUCUGAAGUUUUCUUUUCUAAGAACAAGAAGAUGUGCAUUCAUUGUCAGCCUGUCUAUCUGGAUAUUGGAAUCCAUCUUUAACUCCAUCCUUCUGUGGAAAGAUGAAACGAGCAUUGAAUACUGUGAUGCGGACAAAUCGAGUUUCACUCUCUGCUAUGACAAAUACCCUCUGGAGAAGUGGCAGAUAAACCUCAACCUGUUCAGGACGUGCAUGGGCUACGCAAUACCCUUGAUCACCAUCAUGGUCUGCAACCAUAAAGUCUACCAAGCCGUGCAGCACAACCAAGCCACGGAAAACAGCGAAAAGAGGAGGAUCAUAAGGCUGCUCGCUAGCAUCACGCUGACUUUCGUCUUGUGUUUUACCCCCUUCCACGUGAUGGUGCUCAUCCGCUGCAUUUUGGAGCGCAAUAUGAACUUCAAUGACAAGUCUGGAAAGCAGACAUUUACGGUGUACAGAAUCACAGUGGCACUGACAAGUCUAAACUGUGUCGCCGACCCAAUUCUGUACUGCUUUGUGACUGAAACAGGGAGGGCUGAUAUGUGGAACAUAUUAAAAUUAUGUACUAGGAAACACAGUAGAUACCAAGGACAAAAAAGGAACACACUUUCUGUGUCUGCAAGAGAGAUGGUAGAAUUAGAGAUUAUAGAAUAAAAGGUGGAGGCGGGUUAAGUUACAUGGUAUUAUAUAAUAAAAAGUAUAUUUUGGAAAAGAAAUCAGGCAUAGGAGAACCAAGUGUGAAUACUUUAAUCUACCCCAGUGGACAUAUUUUGAAGGUACAUUGUGUGAAUCCUAUGUUGGAUUUAUUAAGUAAAGUAUGUAUGUAUUCUAAUGACUAGGCAUCAUCGUUUUAGUCCCAAUUCUCUCUAUCUCUAUGUUAUAAGCCCUAAGAAGGAGGUAGGACCAUUAGUCUUUAAAUCAGUGGCCAUUCUAUGUGAUAAUUAUGAUUUUGUUGUUGUUGUUGUUAUGCUUUGGGUUUUUAGUCUGUCUGUACCAGUUUUCUCAUUUGUAUACACCUGUCUUAAUAGGUGUAACUAUUAAAUACUUAAUCACAUUCACUAACAAGUAUUUGAAGCCACUCUGUGUACUGGGAUUUUCCACUCAGUACUUACUGGGGUUAUAAAAGAAAUCUCAUGAACUUUCAUGAAGUUUACAUGCAUUUAGGGAUCUGGUCACCGAGUCACAUGAAGUAAAAGUAAAUGGAUUUUGUA